ACACGCCGCUCCUCCUUCUCCCCAGCGCUUCCGCCGUAUCCUCGAUCGAUCGAUCGAUCGACCUCCAAAGCGAACGCAAUUGCGACGGAUCAGGCAUUCGAUCCAUCCAAGGGAAGAUUUUGUGGCUGCGGAGAAUUGGUCUAAUCGCGCUUUUUUGAAGAGCGCUGCUUAUUUAAGAAUUGGGGUUUGAUUUUUCCGCGAUGCAGUUGUGCCUCUGGCCCUUGUGGUUAGAUUUGAUUUUUCUAAUAAUUUGAUUGGAUAUCUUAUCUCUGCUUCUUGGUGCCUUGAAGAGGGAUUCUAGGAUUGUCUUCCUCCCUCUGGUUAGGUUUCUUCACUUGAAAGGCUGAAUUUCACCAAAUGCUUCAGUUUGCUGUGUCAAAAUACCUGAGCAACUAGACACUAUGUCACCUCUGAUUGAUGGUCUCCCAGAUGAAGUUGCUAUCCAGUGCUUGGCACGAGUACCCUUCUUCUUCCAUCCUCAAUUGCAGCUUGUUUGUCGUUCUUGGAGGGCUGCACUUCGAAGUCCUGAUAUAUUCACGACUCGUCAAGAAGUCGGUGUUUCAGAAGAGUUACUUUGUGCUUUAGCAUUUGAGCCUGAGAACAUUUGGCAGCUCUAUGACCCUUUACAAGACCAUUGGAUAACUCUGCCAGUCAUGCCUUCAGAAAUCAGACAUCUAGCUCGUUUUGGUUCAGCAUCUGUUGGUGGGAAACUCUUUGUUAUUGGAGGAGGCAGUGAUAGAGUUGACCCAUUGACAGGAGAUCAUGAUCGUAUCUUUGCUAGUAAUGAGGUUUGGUCAUACGAUCCACUUCGUUUUGAGUGGACACAACGAUCGCCUAUGCUUGUAUGCCGUGCAAUGUUUGCCUGCUGUGCAUUGGAUGGAAAGAUUGUGGUGGCGGGUGGAUUCACUAAUUGCCGGGAAACCAUAACAAAUGCUGAGAUUUAUGAUCCUCAAUUAGACAAAUGGGAACCCCUUCCUCAUCUCCAUCACUCACACAGUUCUGCAUGCUCCGGGGUGGUCACCGGGGGGAAGAUGCAUGUCUUGCACAAGGGAUUGUCAACGGUUCAGAUAUUGGAUUUUGGGAGAAAAGAGUGGGACGUGGCAGACUAUGGUUGGCUCCAGGGUCCAAUGGCUGUGGUUCGAGGGGAGCUAUUUGUUCUGAGUAAUGGUUGCAUCUCUAAACAAUGUGCAAAGAAUUUACCUGAAAGAGUGGUAUCAUAUGCAUCAGAAUUUCACAGUCGUAUUGGAUUUGGGAUGAUGGGAGUGGGCAAUGAGAUCUAUAUCAUCGGAGGAGUGAUUGGGCCUGGUCCCAGGAACCAGUGUAUUAAGCAGCUAUCCGAUGCUGGUGCAUUGAACAUUAGAGCAGAGAGGCUGGCAUGGCGCAGAGUAUCACCAAUGAGCCAUUGCUGUGGCAGCAUUCUAGGGUGUGCAGUGCUCAGAAUCUAGUUGUCAAUUGUCUGAUGCGUUUUUGGUACCUUUCCAAAUAGCAAAAGAUACUCUACUCGAAUAGCUCAGUCUCAUUGCUUGUAAUAUGUAAUCACUGGGCUCCUCCAUUUUUGUGUUGCCCUAUUCCCAGAAGCAUGCAGCAAUGCGGUAACAGUGUAUUUCGUAUUGUCAUUGCCCACUGAAAUCGACUCUUCUUGAGGUUUCAUUGCUGAUCAGAAUCUGUAGGUCGAGAGUGGCUGGAAGCAACUAUGUGCUUGGUCGGAAGGAAGCGAUAUGGCAUUGACUAUUAUUCACCUGUUUUGCAAAACUUAUUUGGAUGAUGAAUGUACAAACUCAUAGGAGAACGAUCAGUGAUCUGUGGCCAUCCUCUUCACUUGGGAAAUUUACAGUCACUCUUUUUCUUUCAUUUUUUUUUCCUUGUCCUUUUUGUUAUUUCCCCAAGCAAGAUGUGUGCUGGCUGUGGUGAUUUGAGCCUUUAUCGAAUUAUGUAAAUUAACUGAUGUUGUUGAGUGCUUGUCUUGAUACAAUUAAGCUCUACUCUGCAACCUCUGCUGA